AUGCCGGAACCCGACAUGGCGCAGUUCACCGGCGUCUUCCGCGCCGGCAAGCCCAACCGGGUCAAGAGGAACCGGCAGCCUGUGUCCUGCGUGGCCUGCCAGCGCCGCAAGUCCAAGUGCGACAAGCGACAGCCGUGUGGUGCUUGCGACAAGCGUGGCGAGGGCGACAGCUGCCGGUUCGGCAUCGCGGCGCGCGCGACCGGCGGAGCUGCCCGCCAAGAGGUCCGGACAAAGCUGUCGCGCCUUGAGGAGAUGAUCAAAGGCUUUGCCGGCGCCGAGGACGCGGGUCAAGGAGCGGACAAGACGUCCAACAUCACUAUGAUGGACGUGCCGGCAGCGCCGCGCAGGCAGCAUCAGCAUCAGCAGCCGGUACAGAGCAGCAAAAGCGGCGGCGUGACACCAACGUCGGGCAGCUCACAGCUGCCUCCCUCAUCUUCACCCAGCGUCCCAGCAACGCAACAGUCACGCCCACCUGCGCCAUCAUCAUCAUCAUCACCAUCAUCAUCAUCAUCAUCACCCCCCUCGGAGCAGACGGCUCAGCAGUAUCACGGUGCUACGGCCUGGUCCGCUGUUGUCAGCAGCAUCCAAGACAUCCAGCACAUGCUCCAGGCCGACUCGGACGCUGAGUCGAACCCAGACAUCGACACGUCCGAGGAAGAGUUUGACCAGCUGCUCGGCCACACGCGGCCCAUUGGCAUCGACGAGAUCAAGAAGAGCCUUCCCUCCAAGCUCUUCACCGACCGCGUCAUCUCGUGCUACUUCAACGCCAAGUUCCACGCCGUGCCCUUUAUCCACGCGCACCAGUUCCGGCGACAGUACGAGGCGUUCUGGGAGGCUCCCGCGUCGGCCGGCUUCCUCUGGAUCAGCCUGCUCUUCUCCGUGCUCGGGGCGGGCGCGUUGCUGGCGAAGGCCAAGCUAGCGCACGAGCCCGGCCUGCUCCGCGCGAUCGAGGAGCCGGGCUUCUACCUCGGCGUCUCGGCGCGGUGCCUCGUCGCCGGGCGGUACCUCGAGUGCCGCCCCGGGUCGGUCGAGGCGCUGCUGCAGCACGCGCACUCGCGCAACAUGCAGCGGCAGGACGAGGACCGCGUCCUGUGGGCGUUGUACGGGCUCGCCGUGCGCAUGGCGCAGCUGCAGGGCUACCACCGCGACCCGAGCCGGCUGCCCGUGCCCGUCGGCGCCUUCGAGGGCGAGAUGCGCCGCCGCACCUGGUUCAUGAUCCAGUCGGCCGAGCUGCUCGUCGCCCUGCACUCGGGCCUGCCGCCCAUCAUCCACGAGGGGCUCGCCGACGCCGAGCACCCGACCAACCUCCUCGACGAGGACUUUGACGAGGACACGCCCGCGCUGCCGCCGCCGCGCCCGCCCGCCGACCCCACCCCCAUCCUCGCCUACAUCGCCAAGUCGAGGCUGUCCGUCAUCCUGCGCCGCGUCAUGCUGCACGCGCUCGCCGUCCGCCGGCCGUCCUACGCGGAGACGCUGCUCCUCAGCGACCAGCUGCGCGCCUGGCACGACGCGCAGCCGGCCUGCCUGCGCAUCCGCUCCAUCCGCGCCACCGCCUUCACCGACGCCAACUACACCAUCAUGCACCGCAUCAUGCUCGAGCUCAUGUACCGCAAGUGCCUCUGCGUGCUCCACCGCCCCUACCUGACCGAGCACCGCGCCGACCCGGCCUACGACCGCUCCCGCGCCACCUGCCGCGCCGCCGCCCUCGCCAUGCUCGACAUGCACGUCGAGCUCGACCACGAGAUCGGCGUCCGCGGCCGCAUGCACGAGGACCGCUUCAUGGUCUCCAACCUCACCCUCCAGCACUUCCUCCUCGCCUCCACCGUCGUCUGCGUCGACCUGGCCGCCGCCGAGGACGGCGACGACUUGUCCCCCGCGGACCGCGCGCGCUGCCGCGCCGCCCUGCGCCGCUCCCACGACGUCUGGGCCGCCCGCAGCGCGUACUCGGCCGACGCGCGCCACGCCACCCGCAUCCUCCGCGCCGUCCUCAACAGGGUGGACGACAACGACCGGCCCCGCAGCACGCCACCCUCCUCCGGCUCGCCCCUCACCUCAGCCGGCAUGAGCCCGGCGAUGCCCAAUCUCGGCGCCGCCACGGGGCUGGAACCCCCGCUCGCCGCCGUGAACGUGGACAUGCAGACGCCGUCGCCGCAGAUGCCCAUGCGCUCUACCCACAUGACCAACUCGGUGCCGCUCCUCGACUGUGGCGCGAUGCAAGGCCAGCCGUCGCUUCCCUCACAUCAGCAGCCGCCGCCGCCACACAUGCAGCCUCACGCACAUGCCCAUCCCCUCCACCCACAUGACCGCGUCACCGCCGCCGCCGCCUCGCAGGCCAUGUACUACGACGCCUUCGACGCGGGAGGCUACAUGGCCGUGCCCGAGCCCGACGCGCAGUUUCCCGCACCGACCUUUGGCCAGCCCACCGACUUGGACACCCUACUGUACAACACCGAAGGCGUCAACUGGGUAAUUUGCCUCUCCCGCCCCCCCCCCCUAACGGUCCGUGUUAUCACUAGCUAA